CCGCCGUGUGUGUCUGCAGGGCGUUGUCGCUUCGUCUUGGUUUUGUGAUCGGGAGUGAGCGGCGGUCGUCGCCCGGUUUGCGAUAUUUGUGUUGUGAAGCAAGGUGAUCUCAGCAUUUUUACUCAGGACUCAGGAUCAAUACGAGCAGAAAGAUCCGCCAGAUUGCAUCAGCUCUCGGACAUAGUGCGUUUUGAUUUUUAGUGACACAUUGCACGGCUCUACACGUGAUCAGAAGAGUUGGGUGUAUUUUAGUUGAACUUUAGUUAAUAUGCAGGCCAUCAAGUGCGUUGUGGUUGGAGAUGGUGCGGUGGGCAAGACAUGCUUGCUCAUAAGCUAUACCACAAAUGCUUUCCCGGGAGAAUAUAUCCCAACUGUUUUCGACAACUACUCUGCAAACGUCAUGGUGGACGGCAAGCCCAUCAACCUCGGUCUAUGGGAUACGGCCGGCCAGGAGGACUACGACCGCCUGAGGCCGCUCUCCUACCCCCAGACCGAUGUAUUCCUCGUCUGUUUCUCGCUGGUCAACCCGACAUCGUUCGAGAAUGUUCGAACCAAGUGGUAUAAGGAGGUCCGUCAUCACUGUCCGACCACACCCAUCGUGCUCGUGGGAACCAAGGUGGACCUCCGGGAGGAUAAGGCCACCUUGGAGAAGCUGAAAGACAGGAAGCCCAUCAGCUACCCCCAGGGCCUGGCGCUGGUAAAGGAAAUCGGCGCCGUGAAAUACCUCGAGUGCUCGGCGCUCACGCAAAAGGGCUUGAAGAAUGUCUUCGACGAGGCCAUUCGCGCAGUGCUCUGUCCUCAGGUAGAAAAGCGAAAGCCGAAGGCGUGCAUCAUCAUCUGAGCGCCGCCAUCUUGGUGUGCCGGAAAAGUGCCGCGUCGGCCAUCUUGGUUUGCCUAUGAGACUACUGUUAUCUGUAUGUUAUAUGCUAAUGAGAGAUGUGUUUAUAUCAGUGGUUUGCAUUUGUGCUUUUGUUUCGAGUGCGAGAGAUGCAAUGAAUCGAAGCUUUCAGUCAUGUAUUUUGAGGGCAGAGAGAAGAACUAUCAUAAACUCAGCUGGAUUAAGCAUUGAAAGACAUGCAUGGUUUUGCGAAGCAUUUAGGUAGGUAAGUUUGUUGUACAGUGCUUUUACUAUGAGAUUGAGCUCAUUUUCCCAGUUGUUAUGAUUGUCAUGUAGCCUGUAGAGUAAAAUUGUUGAAGUCGCAACGCAUAUUCGGAAGACGUUCAAAACUUCAAACCAACAAUGACUUUGUGGGCGCGGAAGAAACGUUCCUAUGUAUGUAUAUUUUGUAGGCAUUAGUUUGAGUAGUUGCGACACUUUUGUUACGAACUUUUAUAGUUACGAGAAUUAAUUUUACUGGACCUGUAUCCACGUGCUUGCUGACGAGCAGUGGCGGAUCCAGGGGGAGGGGGCAAAAUGGGCAUUUGCCCCCCCCCCCCAACGGCAUAAUUUUAACAUUACGCCUAUGGACGAGGCAUGGAAAGAAUCGAUAAAUUGUUAUGGUUUGCCCCCCCCCCAAAAAAAAAACUCUGAGCUGGAUCCGCCUCUGCUGACGAGCUUGCUUCUCUGUGCAUCGAGCUGGGAGUGUCAGUGUGCUAGUGUUGGUAUAAGCCGCUAUGCAUUGUACAUGGCUUCCAGCGUGUGUGUCCAAGUCAGGUCUGCUUGGCUGUGAUGUGGCUGGAGCUGGACGAUUAUCGAACCUUGGUGGCCUUGCAUAGAUGUGAAGAUGAUUGACGCCCGCUUUCUGUACCGCGUAUGUUCGCCGCCGCUUGUAGAUGGGCAUGAGAGGAAUAGCAUUUAUUAUGCUGUUAUAUUUAUACGCCGGCUUUGUUAUGCAUGUAUCAAUGCCUUUUACAAAUAUACGGAUGUAGAAACAUCCUUAACAGAG